AUGGAUUCUAACUCGAGCCAAGUCGACUGGAGCCUGGCAGUUCUAGAUGAUGAACUCAGAUCGCGAGCAAUACGAUCUUUGAAGGCGCUAAAGGCACAUUUAGGGCCACAAGGUCAUCAUCACGAAGCUGUCUACCUAAUUAUUGACACCAAGAAACCAACUUCUUCUGAUUUAGAUCUUGUUCCUAGAAUCAUCCCAUUACCUCACGCCAAAGACACUCAUGAAAAUAUGAAGAUUAUGCUUAUAACCAAAGAUCCGGUUGUAAAUUAUAGGACUCCUUUGGAGCAAAAGGGCUCUCCUACAGAAGAUGUGUUUGGGGAAAUAGUCAGCUUGAAAAAGUUCAAAUUGUUUGCAUCGAACCCAAAGCAGGUUAAGAAACUGUAUUAUGAGUAUGAUCUAUUGCUCGCUGACCACAGAGUGUACAAACUACUUCCUUCGCUAAUUGGAAGGUCGCCAUUUUUCAAAAACAAUAAAAAGCUACCUUUAAUGGUCCAAAUGGCUAGGCCUUCGCCAGAUGCCCAAUUGGUAAAAUCUAAGAAGUCUACAAAGAUGAAGGAUGAGAGGGUAGAACCAGACUAUGUGCUACGCCAAGUGAAGACGAUCGCCAGAAGCACCACAUUCGUCCCGUCUACGGGAACUUGUCUGUCAAUAAUAAUCGGCUAUAGUGACUUCAAAUUGCGCGAACUAAUCGAGAAUAUGGAUGCUGUUCUUGAAUAUCUGAUAUCUCCGAAAUUCAAGCCUGUAGGGGGUGUGAUUAAGAAGGGUUUGGCAGGAAUCGAAGAUCUCCAUCUGAAGACUAGUGAGAGUGUAAGCUUGCCAGUUAUGGAGAAAAAGAAAAACGAGGCAGUGUAA